ACGGUAAGAAAACGGAAAAGAUAGAGUUUACUGGAUUAAAAUAUUCAUAUAACUGCAUAUAGUUGAAAUAUUGUGUGUAAAAUUUUCAUUGCUGUCUAACGUAAUUAUAUAUAAAAUUGUCGAGGAGAUCCCAAGUCAGUUAGGGAAAACGACGCAGUAGCAUGAGUUUUAGUGAGUCCGAUAGAUACAUGUGGUGGAUGUUUGUUAGUAUGAACUGCAGUGCAUCCUGAAGCGAAACUAGCGUCAUUUCCUGGUGCACAUUGACGUCAUAUAAAUACGAUUUACAAUUAUGUAAACGGCACGUGUAAAUGUAGAGAAAAAUUGUCCUUGCAGCGACUACUGUCGCGGAUCAAAGCCUUUUUCUAUCUUGGUAAAUGUUUGCAGAAUACCUACAAACGUUGUAGUAUUACAUGGUACAGAAAUUUUCAGUAUUUUCUGGAGAUACGUCGCAGCAAAACAUUGUUUUGUUUAUUUUGUAUUUUACUUUUCCGUCAUAAGUUCCACUGUAGACGUUGAACAACGCCAUCUGUUACACAGACUGAAGUUUAUUUUAACGUACCGGUAUUCUGUCGUUUCCUGUGCAUUUGGCAAUUUUAUUUUACCCCUUUAUUUCUUCCUUCAUAUAUUAUGUUCAGCAAAGGUCUUAUCCUGGGGAUGGGAAAUCCCUUGCUGGACAUAUCAGCCAAAGUACAAGAAUCAUUUCUGAAAAAAUAUGAUAUGAAACCUAAUAAUCAAAUACUGGCAGAGGAAAAGCACAAACCAUUGUAUGAAGAGUUAGUGGAAAAUUAUAAAGUUGAAUAUACUGUUGGGGGCUCUACACAAAAUGCACUCAGAGUUGCACAGUGGAUUCUUUGCGAACCUAAUGUUACCGUUUUCAUGGGUUGUGUUGGCAAAGACAAAUUCAGCACGAUUAUGGAAACAAAGGCCCGAGCAGAGGGAGUAGAUGUGAAAUACCAGUAUACAGAUAAAGAACCUACAGGUACAUGUGCCGUUCUCAUUACAUCAAAUGGUGCUGAACGCUCUUUAUGUGCCAAUCUGGCUGCUGCAAAUUGCUUCACAAUUGAUCAUAUCAGACAUCCAGAGAACAGGAAACUCGUAGAUAAUGCAUUGUACUACUAUGUUUCGGGUUUCUUCCUCACUGUGAGCCCAGAAUCCAUCCUUGAAGUUGCUGAUUGUGCACUUAAGAAAGAUUCUUUGUUUAUGAUGAAUCUUAGCGCUCCAUUUCUGUCACAAUAUUAUAGUAAGCCAAUGAUGGAAGCCAUGCCCUAUGUUGAUAUUCUGUUUGGAAAUGAAUUAGAGGCAGCAGCUUUUGCAAAAUCACAAAAAUUUGGAACUGAAGACCUCAGGGAAGUUGCUCUGAAAAUUACUCAGCUUCCUAAGCUUAAUAAAAAGCGGCCCAGAAUAGCAAUCAUUACACAAGGGGAAAAUCCUGUAUUGCUAGCAAAAGAUGGUAUUGUCAAUGAAUUUUCAGUCACUCACUUACCUCCAGAAAAAGUGAUUGAUACAAAUGGUGCAGGAGAUGCAUUUGUUGGAGGUUUCCUGUCUCAACUAGUUUUAGGAAAACCAGUUGAGACAUGCAUUCGCUGUGGUGUUUAUGCUGCAACUGAGAUUAUUCAGCGUUAUGGCUGUACUUAUGAGGGGGUAGCAAAUUUUGUGGAAUGAGUCAAGUAUAUUUUCAAGCUGAAUAUUUUGUUAUAGCACACUGCAGACAUUGUGUUUUAUUGUAUCACCUCAGAUCUGCUCCCUCUUUCUACACCCUUCAUUUAAAUAUAGAUUUAACGUAUACACAUUUAUUGAACAAAAGGGAAGUAUGUACAGGAAAUGUAUUUUAUAUGAUGUGUUCCUUAAUAUUUAAGGAGACAGAGGAAGAAAACUGUUUUUAAAUAAUUGGGCAAUACUUCAUGGGUCAGGAAAUUUUCUUAGAAUUAAAAUAUCCUGUGUACAUUAAUUUAAGUAUCUAGUCCAUGUAGGCAGCACCUUUUUUUAUGAUAAUUGCUGGUCACAGGAGUGUUCCUUAAUUGUAUUACAUUACUGAAAAAACAAGAAGAGCUUUUAGUACAUCAGCCAUUGAUAAGUGAGAAAUUAACUGUGUGUGCCAUUGAAUAAACAACCAAGUAAAAUUCGGGGUCAUGUUACAGUCUAAAUUCAUGAAGGGAACCAAAAGAAAAAAUUUUUCCCCAUUAUUGCAUAAUUUAACAAAAUUGGUCCAGUAGCCCAUAAUUUUUCUACGUAAUUUCCACUGUGUUCGGUACACAUCAUUUUCCAAAGUGCAUAGAUAGUUUGUAAACAAUUCUUCUGACAGAGCAUAACAUAGCAUGCUGAACAUCAUGUGAUCUGUAUGUAUUUCCUCAUGACGCUUCUCAGAGCUGUCCAAAGUUUUGAAAAACCACUGAACAUAAGGUCUAGUGAGUUAAAUGUACAUUUCAGACAUUUAAAAUAUGCAUAUUUGCUGGAUAUAAUAUUUGUGUAUAUACAGACUGAGGAAGGCAGUACUGCACUUGAGACAGUUGACUUGUAUUUGUUAAGAGCACAGUUGAAAUUGCGUAUUGCUGUCCUAAGUCAGUUUUUCCAUAUUUUCUUCUUAAAUAGCUCCUUGCAAAUGCCUGGAAGGGUCAUGUAAAAACAACCGUAGCCAAAUUCUUAUCUGGCUCCUCCCAAAAGUUGUCUGCCACUCUUGGGUCCUACCUGUUUCUGUCAUUAGUCAGCACAUGUGUGUUCUUUGCCUUAUAUCUAUGAUGCCCUGCUCUGAAAGUGAAUAUGAAUGUCCGUCCUGACCUUAUUAUUACAUCAGUUAUGCGUAUGACUGUGGCAACCAUUUUGAUUCAACUAUACUGUUGGUGCUGUGUUCUAGUUAUAGAUGACAGGCAAUGAAUCACUUACAAAACAGAUAAAACACUGUUUCCAGCUUAAAAGCAAAAAUGUGCUUCUGUCUUGAAACUCCCUUGUAAAAACUUGUCAUUUGAUUCAUUCUGAUACAUAACUUGCAAGCUAUGUCAUGACUGCAGUGUCCCAAAAUUGUUGAGGACAGUAAGAUAUUUACUAAGGAAGAGCAGAAUACAUUUUGGUAAUUGACUUUAUUUCUUGAGAAUAACCAGUAACAAUACUUUAAUUUUUCUAAUUAGUACCUAAAGAUAUCGUGGCCAUCUGCCCUUCCAAGGACUGAAUAUCGUGACGUUUUAAAAUGUAUCUCAAUAUUUCAUGGUUGAUAUCAGGUUUACAGAUAAUACCUACAUUUGAUGAAGUUGUAUUUAUAAAAGUAAUUAUCUGCAGUGCUGUGAAAUAUAUCUGAGAAGAAAUUAUGAAAAUUAGAUGAAUUGUGAAGAAAUGUCAAAUAUUAUAAGUGCAUGGAGUCUAGCCUUCUUUGUAUGUGCUACUACGGUGAAAGCUAGUGAGUGUACUUUUUUUAUUGUUAUUAUUAAUUUAUAAACAAAUCUAGAGAAAACUGGAAACAAUCAUGAAGUAUUUAAAAGUUUUAGAAAGUGCACGCACACUGUGUAAAGUGGCGGAAGAACGAAGGUACACUGAAAUGUAUCACAAAGGUUGUCCUAUACCAUUGUGAAGUCUACUGUUUACUUGUUUAUCAAUAUGUUGUUUUGUGAUAAGAUAUUUUGUACAAAAUAAGUACUUAAUUCCUAGUUUUAGUUUACCUUACAAAUCAUACCUGUGUGACUGUUUCCUAUUUUAUUUAUGUUUGGGGCUUGCUUUUUGCCAUGAUCCUCUUAUACUGAUACAAGAAUAAUUUAUAUUAAUAAUUGAUAUUUGUCAGUUCCCUAUGAAUUGAAGUGCUUCUCAUGAGAUCCAAACUCAAUUGUAGUAUUAUUUCAGUUGUGUAUUUUAAACUUGGAUUUUCAUUAUUAAGAUUGGUUUGGUCUCAAAGUCUCCCAUAAAACAAAAUAUAUCCUGGGUAAUAGGAAGAGUAGUUCCGUGCAAUUUAGCAAAUAUAUUUAUUAGGCAAUAUUUAUAGUUACAUUAUUCAAACACAAACCUUUCAUAUUCAGGAAUGUCUCUUUAUUUACCAGUUUUACAUUUUAAAGAACUGAAGGGAAACUUUAAAACAUAAUUUCUGCUGUUCUCCCAUACAUCAAUAUUGAGUGGAUUAUUCCACAGCUCGUCUUCUAGUGAUAAGUGUUGCACCCUCUAUAUUGCUGGGAUCUCGUGUUCAGUUCCCAGCCAUGUUGGAGAUUUUCUUUGGUCAAGAACUGGGUGUUUGUGUUAUCUUCAUCAUUACAUCUCAGCUUCAAAAUGGAAGUCACCAAAGUGGCAUCAACUAGAAACAUUUGUACCGUGUGGCCGAACAUCUCUAGACAGGGUCUCCCAACUAAUAAUGCCAUAUGAUCACAUCAUUUUGUUCCUUACAUUUGGCAAUCAUUCAGCACAAAAUUUACAAAAGCAAAACAAUUUACUUGCACCCUUCGUUUUUAUUACACAGCAGUAUAGUGUCUCCCCCAGACUCCCCCCUCCCAUAAAAAAGUACUCUUGGUAACAGGCAGAGCAGUUCCAUAAAAUUUAGCAAAGAUGUUAAAACAAAUGACCCUACCGUAAUGCCAUUUCUGAAAAAGAAUUUACAUUUCACCUACUGUUUUUGUUUUCACAUGUGUCUAUAACAAUGUUGAAAAAGAAACUUUGAUGUUAAACAGGUGGAUGAUGGAACAGAUUCAGCAAGACCCUUAAUAUAUUUUGUUGUCAUUAGGAUCAUAAUGAGUUUAAUAAAGCCAAUCAUUCAGUGAUUUAAUUGAGAUUGCUAUUAAAUUAAUGAAUUCACGUAGUACAGGAGAGUGUUCAUGGGAUUAAAUUUUAAUAACUAAAAAAUCUAUUCUGUCUAAUAAGUAUUUAACAAACUUGAUGCUGAGACAUUUGUGAAAGGCUGUAAUAAUUCUCAGUCAUUAUAUAGGGGCUCAUUUAGAGAAUACUGAGGCCUCAGGCUUGUACUUCAAUUUGCGUGUCAUAGUAACUGUCCUUGAAACAGUUGUCUAUAAAUUUUCUGUGAUAUUACAUAAAAUUAAAGAACAUUUUAGGAAGAAUACAAUGUUCUGUGAUAAUGGAUUAUUGAAUGUCAUAUAGUUCCAGGCAAUGUGUUAAACAUGGUGAAUUGUGAUUGCAGGUCACUAAAUGUCUUAACUUUUAGCUUACUUGUUAAAACUGCCUUAAUUUACUGAUAACAGUAGGAUUAAUAAUCUCUUUAUUUAGAUUUCGGUCAGUAUGAAGUCUGCGAAUACAUUUUAUACCAAUUACUACUUUAAAUUUAAAGUUGUACAAUUUAGUCAUUAACUAUAGUUUUCACUGUUCUUCAAUGGAGUAAUAGUACCAGAUGUGAUUAAUUUGUAUGGAGUAUUUCAGGUAUUCAUGAAAAUUUAUGACCAUGUAAUUUAGUUACAAAAUAGUGGCAGUGCUGCAUAAUAUUGUUAACACUUGUGGAGCCAUGCGACACUUCUUUAUUCUUACUUCAUAACUGGUUUUGCUGUAGCUUUUCCAAAGUUGGUCACUUCUCCACAAUUUGUGACAUCGCCCCAAGAAUGGUUAUUGGUAAUAACUUGUACACUGGACAGACAAGACCAGAGAGCUUUUGAGAUGAAAAUAUCACCUCCAAGGAAAUAAAAUGGGCAAAGAUCCUCUCUUUUUUAUUCAGAUUCAUAACUGACUUCAUUUUUCACUAUAUAGUGUUUUAAUAAUGUUGUUGCAAAUUCUGAGAGAAUCAGUUGCAUCUCAAAAUCUAGUAUCCAUAGUCAAGUCUUUAUAAUCAUCAUAAUAUGCCAUUUCAUUUUUUUUCCUUUGUUAUCAACACUGCAGCCUAUUGAACAAUAUGAUGCUUAAACAUUCCAGAACUGUGCUUCUAGUUGACCAAAUAACAUUUGGACUUGUUGCUCAAAAUAAUUGCACAAAUGUUGCAGUGAUGAUUUACUGAGGAAAAUUUCUCAUGAGUAAGAUGAAAUGUGAAAUGAAUCUCAUUUUAGUAUUAAAUGCCUACAUGUAUUGUACUGCCUACUAGAGCAGAACAGCAAAAUUCUAGUUUGUAUUUACAUUUCCUUGUUUCCACCCCAGUUUUCCAAGUAUCACACAUAGAGUAUUUGAAAAGUAUAUUGUACCCUUUACAAGCUUUUUGGAAGAGAUUAUUUUUAUUCCAAGAUUUCCUGUAAUUGUAGCACGCUGUGAUGAUCAUUGUUUACACAGAUUAUUUAAAGUAUGAAUUGUGUUAUGAUGGAUAUCUGUGCCUUUAAUUGUAUAAAAUUGUGAUUUUUAUACAUUCUGUAAAAUGCUAAUGUUUCUAUUGUCACACAGCACUGCCUUCAUGUGAAAUAUGUCUGUAACUGUGAAAAACUGUUUUCAUUUUUGAAAACAUUUGUUGACUUUCAUAUUUUUUGUGUAUAACUACUUGCUGACAAAUCGGGAUUCAUAAAUAAAAUAUGCUAUGGUUGGCAUAACA